UCCUCCUCCUCCUCCUAGCUGGUGGCAUCGCUCAGAAGAUCUAUGCUUUGAGAUUAUAUUGUCAUUUCAGUCAUGCAGCUUCUAGUGGUCAAGACGACACUGGUCAUUAUUCUACUUUUUCCUGCUGUACUGGGUGAAAGUGGCACCAGUUGUCCAGAGGUAAAAGUGCUCAACUUGGGCUCUGAAAAAUUCACAGUCUUGCAGGGAUGUCCUGGGUCUGCAGGCACACCUGGUACACCUGGACAAAAUGGUUUUCCUGGAAGCAAUGGACAAAAUGGUGCUCCAGGGAUUAAAGGGGAGAAAGGGGAUCAAGGUACCUACGGCAAGAUAGGUCCUCAAGGAGAGAAGGGAGACAAAGGAGACAAAGGAAGCCAAGGAAUCUGCGCAACCUUCAAUGAUUCUCUUUGUCAGAUAGGUGCCCGGAACUGCCUGCAGCAUCUCGAGCAGGGACACACAAUCAGUGGCUGGUACACAGUGUACUCCGACACCUGCAAAGCGGUGACAGUCUACUGUGACAUGGACACCGAGGGUGGAGGCUGGACAGUUUUUCAACGACGCAUGGAUGGCUCAGUGGAUUUCUAUCGAAAAUGGAAUCCAUACAAAUUUGGCUUUGGAAAACAGCAAUCUGAGUUCUGGCUUGGAAAUGAAAACAUUCAUAUUCUGACUCGAAAUGGUAAUUAUGAACUCCGAGUGGAUUUAGAAGACUUUGACAAUAAUAAAGUCUAUGCAAACUAUGCUUCUUUCAAAUUGGAGGGUGAGACAGAUCUAUACAGACUUCGCCUGGGAAAAUACACGGGAGGCUCUGUAGGUGAUUCUCUUACUCUUCAUAACAACAAGCCAUUCUCCACAUAUGACAAUGAUAACGAUGAAGGCACUCAAAACUGUGCGGUCACUGUGAGCGGAGCAUGGUGGUACACAAACUGCUAUGCUUCCAAUUUAAAUGGGAAAUAUCUGAAGGGGCAAGGAGGGUCUUCAAGUUAUGGCCUUGAUUGGGCCUCAGGGAAAGGGAUCGGCUACUCUUACAAGUACGCUGAUAUGAAGUUUCGCUGAUUUUGUCACCUGCUGUUCUAACAUCCAAUAUUUUUUUUUUGGAAACCACAAACAAAUGCUAAAAUGUAAAGCAUUAUAGGAGUACCAGCUUCUGAAGUGAAUGCAUUUCCUUGACAAAUAUGGCGAAUUACGCUUCUGUGUUUUCUGUAGUUCAGAUAACUAUAAACUUUUUGAAACAUUUCUAUUAUACUUCCAUAACUGAAAAAUUAUAUUUUUAUUUAGCUUUCUUGAAAUUAUAUUUGUAUUGUUUAUUUAUAUGCCUAAAAUGUGUAUAAUUCUAUUGUAUAUUACUAAAAAUAAACAUUUAACUAAAAAUUUAA